UUUAUAUACGUUUUUCAAAAAUACAAGGUGACUCCGUAAUUUAUGCUGCAAAUGGGACCAAAGAGAUUCUAUGGCUCAAAAUAAAACGAAUAUAAAAAGUAAAAUUGCGUUAGAAAUUUUUUUUCGAAUCAAGUUCAAAAAUUUGCGAAGUACACCUACAUUUUCUUAAUUCAUGGCUAGACAGAAGUAAAUAAUCGAUAAGAGGUUAUUCUACAUGCGAAAUUAAGUUGAGAAUGUAGAAUACAAUUUUUCGAGCCUCUGAAGCCUCAUUUUCGAAAAAAUCGAAUUUGAAAAUUUGUUUAGUACGCGUGUACUCGGUUAAUUUUUUACUAUUACAUACAUUCACGUAUACAUGAAUGAGUAUGUAAAUUGAAUGGAUCACACAUGACGAAAUAGAAUUGAAUUUAAAGAAAAAAAUGAAUAAUAAAGAAAGUUCAUUUCACUUUGCAUAACAGUUUUUUAUUUUUAUUACCGGCAUAUAAAAGUGGAAAGAAAACGCUAUAAAAUUACUUGGGAGGCAUACAGGGUUUUAACAUCAAUAGAAUUUUUGUUGUACGAAAAUAGGAUUCCAUACGAAGAAAGAAAGUGUUUCGUUAUGAAAUUUCUAGUAGAAUGUGCAUUUGUAUACCGGAAGUGUAUGGAUCGAUGAAUAUAGGUACAAACAAUGAUGUAAAUGAAAGAAAAGUGGAGGGAGUGAAAGGAUAGAAGUAAAAGAAAAAGAAUAAUGAGAUUGCCAAAACAUUUUAUAGUUGUUCGUGUAUUUAGAUGUAUGAGAUAAAUACUAGUACAUAUUUCAAUGGUAAUAACAAAGAUAGGAUGCUAUAUACACAAGUAAAAAAAUUUUGAAAAAUUCUGUUUUAAAGUUUAGUGAUGCAGUAAGUAAUAGAGUGUGAGAGAAAGAGGUGCAAAAGCGCAGAAAGAACGCCGUCACGAACCGCAAGCGUAAACGGUCGAAAACCGAUUUAAAAUAGAAAUUGAUUAUAGAUCCUCUAUAGAUGAUUAGUUAGAGUCAAUCGAGUGAUAGAAUAAAAAAAUCAUUCAACUUUCAUAUUUUCACUUAUUCUUUGAAAGAAUUGAAAGAAACUGAUGGAAUUUAGGGAAAGAUGAUUCGGGAGUUUUUUUGGAUCGUGAAAGUGUUAGGUGAACGAUAGUCUUUGAUUGACAAAUUAGAAAGAUAAAUUGAAACUUGUAUGAAUUGAUGAAAAGAAAAUCUAAGAAUGCACCAAAACAGAAAAAAGAAAAAGCGAGUGAAUUACGGUGUAAGGGCAGUCGAGGUAUUGCGUGGAAUGAAGGGAUUUGGCUUUACGAUCUCGGGACAACAACCUUGCAUAUUGAGCUGCAUCGUUCCAGGAAGUCCAGCGGAUAUCGCUGGAUUACGAGCCGGCGAUUAUUUAGUAUCUGUUAAUGGCCACAAUGUUAGUAAACUGCCCCAUGACGAUGUUGUGCAAUUAAUUGGUCGUUCAAAGGGUAUUUUAAAGUUGCAAAUAGCUGAAAAUUAUUAUUCUGAUUCCUCUGAUGAAGAAGGAGUAACAGCAGUACGCUGCAAGCCCAAAUAUAUUCAUAAACCUCGUGCAAGUAAUAUGGGAGCGCUACAAUUACAAUGUAGAGUUGCCAAAGUUGUACGAGAUUUACAAAGUGGUGCUAUGUUUGAUGUAGCAGGAAAAACACCACCUGAAUUGCAAAGCCAUGGAACUUACUGUAAUUUACAUUAUCACUGGGAUAUGUCUAGUCCUCUUCCACCACCACCACCGCCAGCAUCUCAUAAAAGAGAUUCUGAGAAAAUAGUGCAUAGAACAGUUGUUGGUUACCUCGGAACUAUAGACAUUCCAAAUCAAUUGCAUCCGUCUUGUAUGAUGCAGGUAUUAAGAAAAUGCAUCAAACGGUUGAAAGCUGAGAAAAGAAAUCCAACCACAGUAUUGUUAACAAUACAUGUAGCAAAUAUAAAACUCACCAAUUCAGAAAAUCGUGUUAUAGCAGAAUAUCCAUCCUAUAGGAUAAUAUUUUGUAAUUCCUUUUCUGAACAAGAUAAACAAUAUUUUGGGAUAUUAACUAAAUCUGUUAAAGAUAAAGAAAAUAUUGUUUCCAAUUCCUGCCAUGUUUUUACAAUAUACUAUAAAUUAAUUGAUCAUAUAGUACAUUCUAGCGUGUGCAAUAUAUUUGGUUUUACAUGCACCAAAACUUCUGAAUUAAAUGUAUGUCAGGAAUUUCCAGACAGUUGCAAUGGUCUGAUUGGUGCUAUACAAACUUUGUACAUAUCAGAUUCAACAGCUACUGACACAAAUCCAUAUAAUGAAAUGAGGAGACAUCAAGAAACUGCUUCUCCGCAACCAAGCAAUAUAAGUACAUCAACAGCUCAUUCGAGUAAUAGUGAUUCUGGAAUUGGCUAUAAGGAUGAUUGUACAAGUCGAUCAGAUAAAAAUAUUGUACAAAAUAUUCCCCGAAGAAGAUGUCCAACUUUGGAAUAUAGGGAUGCGUGUGAAUAUUCGUCAAGAUCAUACGGUAACGAAGCUGUAGAUUUGAGACUAACGGUACGAGCUGUAUCGAAAACAUGUUGGAACGAAACAAAUAAAUUGUGCAAAGAUAGUCUGGAAUUGCCUCGUGAAAGUGUGAUGUUUAAUGAUUUUUGCAAUGGCAUAAGUACGUGUUCGGAAGUGAUAGAAAAUUCCGACAUGAAUUCCGACAUACAAAAGGGAACGAAGAGGGGGGACUUGCCCACCUGUCCAUUGCCAUCUGCUUCAACAGUUAAGCAGGGGUUGCUUAGUUCGUCCGUUGGCUCUCUUGUGUCCGUUUGCACCACCGCAAUGCUGCACGGUUUAAAAGAUCCUGUUGAGACGCCCGGUGAUGCCGCAAUUAAGUCGCAAUCGCAAUUGUUGGGACUUACGAGACUAGCAGAAUCAAAAGAAAUCGACGUACCAGACAAGUUUAGCCCGAAAGUUUUUUCUGGUAUUUCCAAAUCUUUAGUGCAUAGUUUUGAAGACCUUAAUACAAGCAUGGAUUACGUUCGACCACUGUGCCAAACUUAUUCAGAUAAAUCGGAUAAUUCACGUCCUUGGGGAAGCUUGCAAGAAAUUAGAAACGUUGGGACCUGUACGCAGAAUAUCUGUCUGCACGGUAGUACACAAUUAUGCGAUAAGAAUACCGAUUGUAAAAACAUACAUGCAUGGGCCAAUGGUUUCGAAAAAUUACUAGAAGAUCCAAAAGGUUUACAAACAUUUGCGGAAUUUCUAAAAAAAGAAUUUAGCCAUGAAAAUAUCUACUUUUGGGCUGCUUGUGAGAGAUACAAAGAUACUAAAGAUGUUACUACAAGACGUAAGUUGGCAAAUCAAAUUUACCAACGUCAUUUGUCCACUACAGCAGCUGAACCUGUAAACGUUGAUAGCCAUGCAACUGGCCAAAUAACGCAAGAACUUCUUAGUGAAGCACCUGCUGACCUUUUCUUACAGUUUGUAUUUUAUUUUCAGGCUCAAAAACAGGUUUUUAAUCUAAUGAAGUUUGAUAGUUAUCCAAGAUUUUUAAGAUCUGAUUUAUAUCGUCGUUGUGUAGAAACAGGAAAUUCCAUAACUGGAGUAGAAGAUUGUGAUUUAAAUCUUACCAGUUCUCCUAGUGUAAAGCUAAAGAAGAGUCACUCAGAUGCAGAAGAUCGAUGUAGAAAAUCUAUUCUUCCAUGGAAUAGAAAAAACAGAUCUAAAUCAAAAGAUCGUGGGGAAUCUGAAUAUAAUAAAGGCCCUAAUAGAAAUGAGACCAUAUAUAAGAGCUUUACAACUAUGAAAAGAGAAGCAGAAGGUAAUAACAACGACGACAGUAUUUCUAUAUCUAGCAGCAGGUCUUCAUUAGCAUCAUGGGAUUUGGCAUUAAGACAAUCAUUCCACAAACAUUCUUUAUCGUCCUACGAAGGACAGUCGAAUGAAACGAAAGAAGUUCGUGCCAAAUGUACCGGGUUAUGUCGGGUAAUAUUACCCGAUGGAUCGACUACGGUUGUGCCAACUAGCCAAAUGGAGAGUAUUAAAGAUGUGGUUACACGCCUCCUUGAUAAAAGAGCUCUUCGAUAUUCUAACUAUGACGUUCUAAUCCUUGCCACAGAUGAGACUAUAGAUACAAAAUAUCCAUCAUCGGUACUGGCUGGUCAAGAAGUGGAAGUUGUACCAACGAAAAUAUUGAAAGUCGAUCUACCUUCCCGUCGAGUGAUAACUGUGAUUGCACAUAAAGGCAGAACUCUUAAAGAUGUACUAAGGCCACUUCUAAAUAAGUAUGGUUUUAAUUUAGAAACUAUUACUGUAUGGAGUGAGAACCACCGUGUUUGUACGGAUGUACAGGCUAUUGAUGCUCCUGCAAGGCUAAUUUUGACCAACAUAAAGGAUCAAGAUCCACAGAAAGAAUUGAACACAGUUAAGUACACUCAUGAUGGAUCAAAUUCUCAAUCCACUCUAGACGAAAUCACAAAUAGAGUAUUUGAAGAGCUUUUGGUGGGCAAAGGCGCGAGUAAAUAUCAUUAUAAUGAUGGUUCAUGCAAGUCCGACGAUCAACGUUCUGAGGGUUCCUCUAUCUUGCCGAGUAAAUUUUUUCUUCGAGAUUCUACAAUGCAUGGAAAAAAGAAGGGAGGGAAGCCUAAAUGUAAUAUGAACGAAAAAAGCAAUGCGAACGACUAUGUCUCCGAAGAAACUGCCAAAUCUCAUCCUCCUUUAAUAGCAAAAUGGCGGAACGGGGUAAAACUGCAAUUACCGGGAAAAUUCGACGGUGAAGAUUUAUACGAAGGUUUAAAACGGGCACAAAGAUCUAGAUUAGAAGAUCAGAGAGGCACAGAGAUCAAUUUUGAAUUGCCAGACUUUUUAAAGAACAAGGAAAAUGGUAAGCCGACGGAUCGCAACAAAGUUCGAAGACCUAGGAUAAUAUCUACCAAUUGCGAAGCAAAUGCCAAGUUUUACAGUUCGAUUCACGAACGGCAAAACUGUGGCGGACAUGAUCAAAAUACGACAACAACAGCAACACCUAUAACAACAACAUCAACCGCAACGACGACGUUGGCUUCAGCAAAGAAUGGAGAUCUUGAUAAACGAUUCCAUGUAUUGGCUACUGGAAAGGAAUUGCAGAGUAAGUCAUCAGAUAGUUCGUUCAUAUUAGAUACAACUUUGACGGACGGAGAUCGGACCGUUGUAGAGAAUGGAUCUUGCUCCCGAAGUACUGCUUUGGAUUCUUUCGAUACUCAAGUCAACUCGUUAAGUGUAAUGAAAUCAUCGAAACCUCCACCCCUUCCGCCGAAGCCAAAAAAUCUUGUAACAUGCGCAACAAAAAGUGGGUAUAUCAUGUCUUCGAAACCUUUACCAAAGUCAAAUUGUGCCGUUUCUUUAAGUCCAACCGAAUUUACUCGAAAAAAUAUUUUAUAACGUAUUGCAUUAGGGAAACGAUAUUCACAUAUUUUUGUAUCUAGAAUACAUAAAAUAUACAACAAAACGAGCGAAAGUGCUUUCUAAUCAAUUUUAUAUGUAUCAUAUGCAUUGCUACAUAUUUGAAGCAAAAUGGUAAUAAGGCGAAAAAGUUUGUAUUUGUAGUAUUAUUCAGAACUUAUUACCAUUACGAUUACGAUCUUGUAUCGUACCACUUCGCCUCGAUCGGUGGUAAGGUGCCCGAUCCUCAAAGAUGCCUUUAUUCUAACGAUAACGAUUUACAACGUAUUUUUAAUCAUAAAAAAAAUUGUAGUCUAAACUUAUUUAUGAUGUUUUUACAGUACAGCUGUUACUCUCCUGGUUAUACAGGACAUAUAUUUUAUUAUUGUAAUUUAUAGCGAAUGAAUAUUGUUAUACGUAAACGAUGGAAAAAAUGUUUGAGAUUUUAUGCACAUUAAAUAAAUUAUAUAAACUUUGUUUUAUAGAA